AUGGAAGAUACAAGAAAUGCAAAGGAGGAAUGGGAGCCUAAGCCUGGAAUGAUUUUUGAUUUGCUUGAUAAUCUUGUCCAACACUACAAAAGCUUUGGGAAUAAAAUGGGUUUCGAAGUUAUUAUACGAUCUUCAAAGAAAGGAUAUGAUGGAGAGGUGACAAAUGCGACACUAGCAUGUUCUUGUAUUGGGAAGUCGUGCAGUAACCCCGUAAAUGCUUUUAAAAUGCAUCUAGUGACAAAAACCGAUUGUAAGGCUCAAAUUGGUGCAACUGUAUGUUCUGACGGCAAAUGGAAAAUAUGUUCAGUUGUGUUUGAUCAUAACCAUGAACUCAAUAGUCCUACCAAAAGUAGAUAUUUCAAAAGCAAUCGAAUUAUACAACCAUAUGUAAAAAGAAAGCUUGAAGUGAAUGAUAGGGCUGGCAUUAGGCCAAAUAAAAAUUUCAAUUCCAUGUUAGUGGAAGCAGGCGAUGCUGAGAAUUUUCCUUUUCUACAGAAAGAUUGUAGGAACUAUAUUGAAAAAGUUAGGAGGUUACGACUUGGUGUUGGAGAUGCUUUCGCAAUCCAAAAAGAUUUUUUGAAAAUGCAAAAUGAGAAUUCUAAUUUCUUCUACAUAAUGGAUUUAGAUGAAGAAGGUCGAUUAAAGAAUGUUUUAUGGGUGGAUGCAAGAAGUACGGCUGCAUUUAAAGAGUUCGAUAAUGUUGUGACAUUUGACACUACAUAUGACCAACAGUAUGAUAUGCCGUUUGGUGCUUUUGUUGGUAUUGAUCAUUAUGGUCAUUCAAUACUGUUAGGUUAUGGGUUAAUCUCCAACGAGGAAACAAAGACAUUUGUAUGGCUUUUUCAAUCUUGGCUUGCAUGUAUGUUGAAUUGUGCUUCUAAAGCAAUAAUCACUGAUCAAGAUAAGUUAAUGCAAAAUGCAAUCGAGAUUGUGUUCCCUGGUACAUGA